AUGUCCAAUACGCUGUUAUCUGGAGUUGAAGGUGCGGGCACGAGUGUGAGGAAGGGAUCUGCUUGGAUUUCGGCGAAGAAUAUCGCCCAACAAACAUACGCCUCCGACCCCAAAUUCAAGAAAUACGUCCAGCAAGUGGACAAAUGCUUGAAUUCAUUUGAAGAUGUGCACGAGUGGGCGGAUUGUAUUGCGUUCUUGAAGCAGUUGCUCAAGACGUUCCAAUCGUAUAUGCAGUUCAAGGAGAUCCCGAAGAAACUCAUUGUGGCGAAGAGGUUGGCACAGUGUUUGAAUCCUGCGCUGCCGACAGGGGUGCACCAGCGCGCGUUGGAGGUGUACAUUCAUAUCCUAGCGGUUCUUGGGCUGGAAGGAUUGAAGCGAGAUUUAGCGCUCUGGUCGGCUGGGUUGUUCCCCUUCUUCGAGUAUGCGGCAACCUCGGUGAAGCCGACGUUAUUGAAUAUCUACGAAACGCAUUAUAUCCCACUACAAGCUUCGCUGCGGCCGGUCAUGAAGUCGUUCAUUCUGGCACUCUUGCCGGGGUUGGAAGAGGAGACGGGCGAGUUCUUCGACAAGGUUAUAGGUCUAUUGGACAAGCUCUCCGGCGCGGUUUCGAUAUCGUUCUUCUUCCAAAAUGUGUGGUUGGUGAUGCUCACUACGCCCUCGGCGCGCGGAACGGCUGUGAACUACCUCUCGCGUCGACUGCCCAAGUUAAACGCGGAUGAAGAUAUCAGCGAAAUUGUGGGCAAAGAUAUAGGUCUCAUGAUCCGCGCUUUUGCAGCUGCUCUCGAAGACGACAACCUCCUCGUCCGGCGCGGGACCCUCGACCUCCUCCUCCAAGCAAUGAAGAUUGACAGUUUGGCUAUUCGUAAAGCCCAAGCGGACGAUCGCGCCAUUAUUAUGAAGGCUGCGAUUGGCGUGGUGCUGAGGAGGGAUAUUUCGUUGAACAGGCGGUUGUAUUCGUGGCUGUUGGGUGUGGAUGAGAGGCCUGACGAUCCAUUGGGGUAUUAUAAGGAGCAUGCGUUGGACCUUUUGCAUUUGACUCUCAAGAAUGAGAUGUUUUCACCGUCGGACGAAUAUUCAGAGUCAAGGCCGUUCAAGAUAUUCAUUUCGCUUUUGGACAAGUGGGAGAUUGGAGGGCCGUUGGCGGAUGUGCUAAUUUACGAGGCAUUCGAGGCGAUUAAGAAGUUGAUGGAGGACAAGAGAGACGGGGGUGAUGAUCUUGUCAUGACAGCCAGUACGCUGUAUGAGGCUCUCGAGCCCGAGAUUCUGUGGAAGCCGCUACUCGGUGCCAUCUUCAAAGAGCUCAGCGAGGAAAAUGGGAGCACGGAGGCGCUGCAACUUGCACUUUUCAUUAUCAAAACUUUCACGCACGAUGAAGAAAUUCAGACCUACCACUUCCCGGUGCUGAUCUCGUCCCUCCUGGAUUUCCUUUCUAUCCAACUGCAAGCCCAUCCCAACUGGACCACCACGCAGCCCAUCAUCAAGUGCCUCGUCCUAUUGGAAGAGCUUCUCAAAUAUACACCCCACCUCGGCCUUUCCGAACGGCCACCCAUCAAACCACCUAAUCCGACGAAAGAACAAGCGCGCGAGUCUGCCCGAGCGUAUACUUUUGCAUGUGCCUUCUACGACAUUGACGACCGCUUUGACGUUUCUGAUACCCAGACCACCACGACGAUACCCUUCGCCACGGCUCUCAACGCUCUUGUCUUCCUCAGCACGCACUGGGCGAAAUGCCUGACACAGGAUCCCGGAAGUGGGGAUGUAGUGGCGAGGAGGGAGGCAUUUUCCAGAUCUUUGACGUUGUUUGAGAGGUUGCUUGCGAGGUUGCAGAUGUCGGUUUCGCUUGACUGGACUCCAGCGGAGUGGAUGGGCGUGUUGUUGGAGACGUUCGAUUAUGAGGCGGCAACCUUCACGACGGUGGACCGGGUGGUUACCCUCCUGACUGGACUUCACCGUACACAGCAUAUCCAACCUCCCCUCAAGAUUGAGAGUCGCGCUACGAUACACAAAAUGGUGACGAAGCUGUUGAAAUAUCUUCGACCGGACUCGGUCUCGUACCACGCGAGAGUGGUUACUUUGAUUUGUGGGUUGGAGACCUCAACCAAGGGCUCGCAUGUGGAAUCGAUUAUUGCGCAGACGAUGACGUCUCCCGAGUCGAGGAAUGUGGCUGAGGCUUAUGAGGCGUUUGGGAUUCUUUGGAGGUUGACCGACGAUAGCUUCCUGCCUGGGUUCAGGUUCAAGGUCCCCCUGAUGUGUGUAUUGGAAACGUUGAAGAGCAAUGAUCCUAACCUGUACCGGGUUGGGGAGACUUGGAUGCGGUGUAGUCUGAAAUCUUACCUUCGUCUAUUGGAUCCGAUCCUGUACGACCUCCUCGACCCAACGAUCCUUCGAACGCCGCAUACAUUCAAAGUCCAAAAACGCGAACUGGGCGGAUUCCUCUAUGAGCGACCUUUCGAUCAAAGGUUGAUCAACCAUUUGGUGGAGACCUUGUUGUCGAUCGUGGGCUUUGCAGGCCAGGGAUUCUCCAAAGCGGCGGUGUCGUCUUCGAUUAAGCGCUCUCUUCAUCCUGGGCUUGUGCAGCGUGUUGAAGCAGCUGGAAUACUGGAUACCAAUCGAAGCUACAUGGAUGUUCUCAUUGAGAUUCUGUCACGAUUCAUCCAGUCGGAGCCAACUGAAAGAUGGGCGCCUACGAUGAAUCCACUCAACCAUGUCCUGCAAUCGAGCUCGAUACAACUUCUCCAGAUGAUUGUAGCUCGAGGUGACGUUGACCAAGUAUCGGUGGAAGCCAUUGAGUCCAUCGUGAUCAGGAAGCUGUACUACUCUAUUCACACUGGCAGCCUUGAUCUCCAGAACAAACUCCUCCAUCUGCUCCAUUCAAUUAUCUCCCUUUCGAUGGCGAACAUCGAGAAUGCUAGGAGGGCGAUUGCUUUGCGCGAAGCACAGACGCUGGAUGGCAGUGGUUUCCACGACAAAGCUGCGGAAGAGAUUCUUGGAUAUUCGCUGAACCCCCUCCUGGUGCAGACCUUGAUAGAUGGCGUCUCCGUCCCCAGCAACCGCUCCGUCAUCCAACACUGGCUCGACUUUAUCCUCAUGGCCAUUCCCCAAUUCCAGCCUGCCCUCCAACCUGCUAUCGUCCCUCUUAACGAAUGCAUAUGUCGCCAAUUGCGUUCCACCCUUCAACAAAUUAAGAAUAUCAACGCCCAUUCGGAGCAGUAUACCGCGGACUUGCAAACGGUACCUACAGAGUUGGACCUCGUUAUGCUCAUUAAUGGGUUGGAACGACUUGUGUUGCUUGGGUUGGCGUUCACGUCUGAAGCAGAGGUCGCGGAGGAUGAUGCGUCUAUGCAGGAGAAGCAGGUGGCUGAGUCGGGUGGGUUGCUCGGGUAUGUCUCGACUGUGUUUACGAGUUCGGAUGGGAGCUCGUCGGCGGUUCCUGAUCAGUCUGUGCACUCUCGCUCUCAGGGGUAUAAGUCAUUGGAUGAAGGAAUCCAAGUUUUGUACUCGAUAUGGGCGACUCUCAUUUGGAAACCACCCUCUGUGUGGAGUGCCAAGGAGGAAUCGCUAGCGGGGAUCUUCCACCGGUCGCGGGCUCGGUGUCGACGUGCACUAGAGCACCUCUUCCGCGUGCAGUCGACAGAGGUCUUUGAGUCUAUCAUCGACUGGUGGAGCAAAGACUUGCCUCUCCAAGAAUCAUCGCCGGACGCGGCGUUCGAACUUGUCGAUGUUCUGGUCUCAACGGCACAGAACGCGGUGCACAUGUUGUGCGAGAGCAUAUCCAGUCGGAUAUCGACGAGUGGAAAUCGGAAACCUCCAAGUAACCCUGGCUUAACGGAGGCGGUGCUGUUCCAAUUCCUUGAACAAUACUUAACAAGAUUGGAAGGGCCUCUUGCUGUGCAGGUGUGGCCACGAUAUCUGCAAUUGGUGAAAGAACUCUCGUCUGGGAUCAAGGAGUAUAAACCUUAUCACUUCCCUGCUCUCCGGUGUCUCUCGGUUUUGGCGGACAAGGUCACUCAGACUGCGGCAAUGGACGACAAGCGUGUGCGGAAGGAACUCCAGGAUAAUUACAGCAAGUUAUUGGACUUCUGUGUGACGUUUGUGGGCCGGUCGUCAGAUCAGGGGUCUUGGAUAAGACGGACAACGAAGGACAACCUGGCAGCCAACGGCAGAAAUUCUCCUCGUCCAGAUGUCAAAGACCAUGACGAGAAGGGGGAGUCCAGCGGAAGUUUCAUCGCUGAAAGUAAAGGCGAUACAACCGAGGUCCUGAGUCAAAUCACCUCUUGGAUUGCCUCUUCUUGUGUCCCCAACCUCCGUCGGUUCUUGCUUGAAAACGACAAGGUCAUUGCCGUUUGUAAUAAUGUCGUUUAUUAUAUUGUGAACCCCGCCAUGCGAGGGAAGUCAAGGCCCAUGGACGUCGAGCCCACAGUGAUUGCCCUCAUUUCUGAGAUGACGCAUAUACCAACGGCGUUGAAGUCGUGGCGAACUCCCGUCAUCGACCUCUUGAAUGACAACAGAGUCUUCAACUCUGAUCCUGCCGACGGGAGCAAAUGGAGACCCAUAGUCAAAGCCUUGUACGAUUCAGACAAGGCAUCUUUUGCUGAACUACUUGGGAAAGUUGCAUCCGCACCCUCGGCCAACAUCUUCACCAACAAGGAGUACGAGAUGCUCCUACGGUCUCUUAACGUUCGGCGGUUAUCUUAUGUCCUAUUUACCGGCGACAAGAACACCUUCCUCGCACAACUUCCAACCAUCCAAGAGAAGUUGGUGGAUGUGCUCAAGAAUAUUUCUUCUCCGAUCGUACAGAGCGAAGUGUUCUUGUGCAUCCGCAUUCUGCUGUGUCGGCUGUCUCCGCAUAACUUGACGAGCUUCUGGCCUGUCAUCUUGACCGAAAUCGUGAGGAACUUUCUUCUGCCUCAGGAAGGCGCUGACCAACACGCUACGCUGCAGUACCGGAUAUUCGAACAAGUGAUGACAACCUUGCCGCCGGAUGGCUCGGAAGAUUUGCAGUUGGUGCUAGCUGCUUGCAAGACCAUCGAUUUGCUUCUCGUCCUACAAACACAGGAGUUCCAAGUAUACCAAUGGAUCUUCGUCACUGAUACAAUCGACGCCGUGUACCGCCCAGAAGAGUGGUUCCCUGAGGCCAUGUUGGAUCAACUGGCUGAGAUUGCUGGAAGCCUUCCCAUGGAUUCCAACCUGGAUUCAGAUGCAACACACACCGAAACGUCACCCAACCAACCCCCUAUGCGCAGACCUCUACUCAAUAACCUCCGCCAGAUCGAGAGUAUGCGAGAGUUGGUUCCAUUCUUUUCCAACGUUAGCAUAACCUCGUACGAGAGCGUCUACGCUAGUGGAGGCAAUGUAGACUGGGACGCAGUGGAGAACGGUCUCAUGAACGAUAUGUUUGACGGUCGGUGA